UGCGGAUUUUCUUGCAUAACUCGAUCUCGUGUGCUUCUGAAGGCAGGAAUAGCAUGGCAGCUACUGAAGCCCACAGAGUGCUUGUUUACGGAGGAAAGGGGGCUCUAGGAUCUGCAUGUGUGCAGUACUUCAGUGCUAAAAACUGGUGGGUUGCCUCUAUAGAUCUCAAUGCCAAUGAAGAAGCCAAUGCCAAUGUUACAGUUAAGAUGACUGAAUCCUUCACUGAGCAAGCCAACCAGGUGACAGCUGAUGUGGGUGAGCUGUUGGGUGAAGAUAAGGUUGAUGCCAUCUUGUGUGUGGCAGGAGGUUGGGCAGGAGGCAGUGCCAAGGCCAAAACUCUGUGUAAGAAUGCCGAUCUGAUGUGGAAGCAGAGUGUGUGGACCUCCACGAUUUGCAGUCACCUAGCAGCCAAACACCUGAGAGAGGGGGGGCUGCUCACACUGGCAGGGGCUAAAGCAGCACUGGGUCCAACAGCAGGAUGCAUUGGUUAUGGCAUGGCGAAGGCAGCGGUUCAUCAGUUGUGUCAGAGCCUGAGCGCGCCAAAUAGUGGUCUUCCUCCAGGAUCUACUGCAGUUGCAAUACUUCCAGUGACUUUGGAUACACCCAUGAAUAGAAAGUCCAUGCCGGAUGGUGAUGUCACUUCCUGGACACCGCUGGAGUACAUAUCAGAGCUGUUCUAUAAGUGGACUUCGGGAGAGAACAGACCUCCUUCAGGUACUCUGAUGGAGCUGGUUACUGCAGACGGAAAAACGGAGGCUACACCGGUGUCAUGAUUAAUAUCAGUUUUCACAAUCCUUCAAAUCAUGCCUAUAACCCACUACUGUCUUUAGUGAUACUUAUUGUCCUAUUGCCUUUUUGUUUACAUGUAAACAUCAACAUACUGAAAAUUGUAGCUCUUUAAAAUAGGAUUAUUGCAUAAAAAUGUCUAAGACGAUGUUCUGUUAAUGUGACGGCAAAAAAUAGCAAUAAAUAUGUCCUAUUCUGAUGCA